AUGAACAAGAUUUAUACCAACGGGCUGUUCGCGUUGGAUCUAGAACGAAGCGUGCCUUUUCCUGAGAACAUGGACGUCAGGGAUCUGAUGAGCAGCUUUUUGGAGAGUGUAAGGGACCGGACAGGAACGGACUGCCACGUGGAUGCGGACCAGGGGCUUGUGGUGCUGUCCGGAUCCUGCUUAUCUUCGGUGAGCAAAGCAGAGGAAAUGGUCUUCAGCGCUGCCUUUGAGAGCGACGGAUUCGUCGACUUCGAGCGGAGCACCGCACCCCGAAACAACCCCACAGCCCUCGCUUUCGAAGCCAGCCCCCAUCCCGUUUUCUCCGUUUCUAUAACCGACUUGCACAAGGCGACCAACCCAAAGCCAAACCCAGACGGAAUGGUCGCCCAAUCGAGCGAAUUAUCGCACUCCGAGAUGACGUGGGCAACGUGCGAUCCGCCAUCACCGGUGGGCGGUCCGCUGACGUCACCGGGCGUCCACACGUCGGAGCAGAUGGGUCCCCUCUUGCAGCAACUAGCAGCGGCGAGAGAGGCGGCUCAGCAGUUUCAGGGCCCCCCGCCGUUUGACACGAUCAAAGUGCACUUCGAGUUGGGAACGCAGCUCUUUUACCACCGGAUUGGAGGGGUCCCGGGGGACUGCUUUCUGCUUGGGGGGCCUGUUCCCAUCGAAUUCGUAAAGAGUGCGAAGGUGGGCGCCGGUGAAGACCUCCAGCUCAUCUUUUCCAACCACGUGGCGCCCUCCGUGUGCGGCGCCGUCGAAGCCCACCUCCUCUCGCGCGGCUUCCGCCACGUGGCGUCCCGGCAGCAGCUCUCGCUCCACGUUUCGAACGUCGAAGAUCUCACCAGCGCCCGCAUCAGCUUCCUGGUCUUCGAUUCCGGAACCGGCAAGCGGCUCCAGAUCCGUUCCGUCAACUCUGGCGCGUCGGAGCUCUUCUCGCUUUCAAUGAUCAGCCCCGGGGGAUCCCCCGACCACAGGCUCAGCUUGCGCGCGAGCUCCGACCUCGCGGGGAAUGAGCCCGGGGGCUUGGGGCCCGAGGUGUGGGAGUACGCGCGCAUGUGCGUGGAUCGGGCGGCGGCACCCGUUCAUAACUUCGUCGUGGAGAAUGCUCGUUUCAAAAUCAAGCGCGUCUUCGAGGGACGAUUACUGCAAUGCGAGAGCGCAAAGAGGCCAGUGCAAUCCGUCAAACCCAUCCCGCUUGCUCGAGCGGAAAAGCGGAAGUCGGGUCAGCAUGGGAACGCAGAAAGCCCGGUGAUUCAACGAACGAAGACGGAACCAGAGGGGUUCGAGAACGGAAAAAACCAAGCGAGCAGCAAACCGGUGAAGAAAGACAAUGGAGUGGGGCAAAGAGACAGCAUCGUCGUAAAGAGAGUGUGCUUCGAAAAGGUGGCGUUUGAGAAGCGGGCGGCCGGAAAGGAACGGCGGAACGGAAAACUUGGGGGCCCGCUAGCCGGCCAAGAGCGAGCCGACUUACCGGAAAGGCUGCCACGUGUUGCGUCCUGGAACGGCGGACGAACAGAAAACCAGAGCAUUGCGUGUGACAGGAAACCGGCCAUGUAUGCUAAGGGGCUGCCACGUGUUGCGUCCUGGAACGGAGCAGAGGCCGAAAAGGAGAGCUUGCCACGUGUCAGAAUCUUGGCUGUGCUUGGCCGAGGGCUGCGGCGUUUGGCGUCCCCCGCGAAGCUGAGGAACGGCGGAGGGCGAGAGUCCCGGAAUGGAGCACGGGCGGAAUCAACUGGGAAGCGGAGCGCUGUCGGCGGAACGGUAGCGGUCAACGGACCGGAAAAUCAGCCGCCCCAACGGAGUGAGCGGAAGAGGGUACACGGGUACGAGAUUGGGCCAAUGGAAGCGUUGACCUUGAGUGGAGAGGAAGAAGAGGAGGAGACAGGGUCAGACGGAAGAAGACUUCUGGCGGAAAAGUCGGUAGCGGAGUUUCCGCUCAGCGGAACGGAAGCGGAAGCAGACUCGGAAGCGGAAGCGGAUGCGGAAGCGGAAGUGGAGGAGGGAAUCCUUGUGCGUGUGACAUUCUCGAGUGUUGUUGACGAGAAUGGGUGCCACUUGGAGAUUGCGGGAACUUUGCCCGAGCUGAAUGCGGGGGCACCGACACGUGUCAGCGAUCUAGAAGCCUUGGCCGCGUUCUGCGAGUCCCUGUGCGAAAUGGUAGACUUCGUCUGUGGCAAAUGCCAGACCGUGCUGGCAGAUCUAGAAGGAACGGCCAUUAUUGACGAGGGCCCCUCCGCGCGCCACGUGGGCAUCCUCCCAGCGCCCCCUGCUUCCGAGUGCGGCGUCCAGAUCGUUCCAGCGACAGAUGAGCGGAACCCCAAGCCUCCGCGGGACGGAAUAGCGGAAGUGAUCCUGUGCCGGAAUGGGCACUUUGUGGGCAGCCGAGUUCCGGCGCUGAAAGAAAGGGGAGCGCCCACGGACCUCUUCUUAGACGGAACGCUCACUUUUGCGCGCGCGCAAGGAGGAGCGCCGGGCGGUCAGGACGACGCAAGCGCCCAGGAAGAAGGCGCGCGCGCGCAAGAGGAGGGCGCGCGCGCGUCAGGAGACGAUGCGGCCGCGCGCCAAGAGGGCCAGCCCGGCGGCCUGCUUUUGGUCAGGGAGUGGAAGCGGACCGUGUGCGCGUCGAACCAUCUACAGGGGACGAAUGAGGGAGUGACACGUGUUACGCCCCGGGCAGGUCAGAAGGACGCCCCGAGCAGGCCCUCGGACUGUCCCGACUUGAGGAAGAAAGGAAGCGGGGGUAACCUGGGGGCGGUUAGGGCGGAGGAGAUCUGGCCGUGGUACAAGUGGGCUCUGGGCGACAGUUCCGCUGUUUCGAAAAGAGGAGCGGAAUCACAGGAUUGGAGGCGGAGCGACUCUUGA